UCUCCCGAAAAUUUCCCCGGCUCCCCUCGAUCUCGAGAAGAAUUGCAGAGAAACGCAAGGAUAGUGUGAGAAAUUGAAGGUUUUGAUUUCUGAGAUGGCGAAUUUACCGCAAUCUCUCUCUAUAAACCCUCCUUUUGGUGGGGGUGGACCGACCGCGACUACUUCGAGCGCUGUUGCCGGAGCUCAGCCGGGGAAGGAACACAAAAUGGCGUCGGCAGAGCAGUUGGUGCUCGACCUCAGUAAUCCUGAACAUCGAGAGAAUGCUCUCUUGGAGCUCUCCAAGAAGAGAGAAUUGUUUCAAGAUUUGGCUCCAUUGCUGUGGAACUCUUUUGGGACUAUUGCUGCACUAUUACAGGAGAUAGUUUCAAUAUACCCCGUUUUAUCACCACCAAACCUGACUCCAGCUCAAUCAAAUCGGGUUUGCAAUGCUCUUGCUCUUCUUCAGUGUGUAGCUUCUCAUCCAGACACAAGGAUGUUGUUCCUCAAUGCUCAUAUACCUUUGUAUUUGUACCCUUUCCUCAAUACAACUAGCAAAUCAAGGCCAUUUGAGUACUUGAGGCUUACCAGCUUAGGCGUCAUUGGCGCACUGGUUAAGGUUGAUGAUACUGAAGUUAUCAGCUUCCUUCUAUCAACAGAAAUAAUUCCUUUGUGCCUGCGAACUAUGGAGAUGGGCAGUGAAUUGUCAAAAACAGUCGCGACAUUUAUCGUUCAAAAGAUUUUGUUGGAUGAUGUGGGCUUGGACUACAUUUGUACUACAGCGGAGCGGUUUUUUGCUGUAGGUCGAGUUUUAGGGAACAUGGUUGCAUCACUUGCCGAACAACCCUCAUCACGGUUGUUGAAACACAUUAUACGCUGUUAUCUUCGACUUUCAGACAAUCCAAAGGCUUGUGAUGCAUUAAGAAGUUGCCUCCCAGACAUGCUAAGAGAUGCCACCUUCAAUAGCUGCCUUCGUGAAGAUCCAACAACAAGGAGGUGGCUGCAACAGUUGCUUCACAAUGUUGGUGUGAAUUUGAAUCGCGUUCAAGCAUCCCUUCAACCUGGGGGAGGAUUUGACCAUAUGCUGUAAAGUAGAUCAAGAUCAUAUCAUUUUUCUCUGGGUUGGUGUCGAAUCUGAGACUCACAGUGGACCAUCCUUGCAACAAUUCUCGAUUCAUCGUUAGCUUAUUCCCUUUUUUGUUCAUACUAAGCAGUGAGUGGCCUUAUUUAUUUUCAAUAAUUGAGGUUCAAAGGAAAAUGCCAAUGGUAUUACCAUUAUUGUAAUAUAUUUAGUGUUGGUUUUAUGCAUCAUUUGAAAUUCCAAUGCCCAAGAUAUCUUUUUCUUUUA